GAGGAUUCUAGAUUUAAUGAUCAGUUGACUAUUCGACGACUUCGAGGACGAUUGUAAUCUGCUGACCCAUCGUGUGAGGAACUUGGAGAGCUGUGGAGGUUGUCCUUCACUUGUUCAAAAAUGUCUACCUUUGGCAGACAUUUUCGGGUCACCACCUAUGGCGAAUCACAUUGCCGUUCGGUCGGAUGUAUUGUGGAUGGCUGUCCACCUGGAAUGCAACUGACAGAGGCUGAUAUUCAACCACAAAUGACCAGGCGGAGGCCUGGCCAAUCUGCACUGACUACGCCGAGGAACGAGAAAGAUCGAGUCGAAAUUCAGUCUGGGACCGAGUUCGGCGUCACGCUUGGGACGCCCAUCGGUUUGAUCGUACGGAAUGAAGACCAAAGACCAAAGGAUUAUGGUGGAAAGACAAUGGACCUCUACCCUCGACCGAGCCAUGCUGACUUUACUUACCUGGAAAAAUACGGUGUCAAGGCGAGCAGUGGCGGAGGCAGAAGCAGUGCCCGCGAAACGAUAGGCAGAGUGGCGGCCGGUGCCAUCGCAGAGAAAUACUUGUCUCUGGCUCAUGGGGUUGAGAUUGUGGCCUUCGUUACGUCUGUGGGAUCCGAACACCUCUUCCCUCCCACAGUCAACCAUCCAUCACCUUCGACCAACCCAGAAUUCCUGUCUCUGAUCUCAAAGAUCACGAGAAAAGAAGUCGAUUCUUUCAUUCCUGUCCGAUGUCCCGAUGCAGGCGCCAUGGAGCGCAUGACGAAGGUGAUCGAGAAAUUUCGCGACGCCAGUGACAGCAUCGGAGGGACAGUGACCUGUGUGAUCCGAAAUUGCCCGAUUGGGCUAGGAGAGCCCUGCUUUGACAAGCUCGAAGCAGAACUUGCCAAAGCUAUGCUGAGUAUCCCAGCUACCAAAGGCUUCGAGAUAGGUUCUGGAUUUGGCGGCUGUGAAGUACCAGGUUCGAUCCAUAACGACCCUUUCAUGGCCGCAGAGCCUGAUGAAAGCGGAAAGAGGAAAUUAGUCACCAAAACGAACAAUUCCGGGGGAAUCCAGGGCGGCAUUACGAACGGACAGCCCAUCUAUUUCAGAGUAGCCUUCAAGCCUCCUGCGACGAUCGGGCAAGCACAGCAAACCGCCACAUUUGGUGGUGAAGAUGGCCUUCUAGAGGCAAAAGGCCGACAUGAUCCCUGUGUCGUACCUAGAGCUGUGCCAAUCGUCGAGGCUAUGUCGGCCUUGGUCGUCAUGGAUGCCCUCCUGUCUCAAGUGGCCAGGGAGGGUGCCAGGAGUGUUUUGCCGCCUUUGAAAACAACUCUACCCGCCAAAGAGACAGGCACUGCUGCGGACAUCAAGAAGAUCGGCGAGCAUCUAAAGGCCGCGUCAAGCAAUGGCAUGAACUGAUAUUGCUGCGCCAAUGCACUGUUGGCACGCUGUUCACGUGAUUGGGUCUGGACUCUUAAUGUAUUGUACGUAGACAGGGUUAUGGUCCCCCUAGACUAUGUGACUUUAGCACCAAACGUAGAGCGCUGAGAAGCACGCCGUCCGGCUCUACUGUAAACUAGCAAUAGGUCUGAUUGCGC